AGCUGAGUUGAGAAUGAAAGCGAGUUGUCAAAACGUGAUUUAUGCCUAUCUUUUCCACUUUCAAUUGGAAUCAGAGUUCAAAAUCAUUUAUUAGUUUUGAAGAAAUUGUUUUUAACGUAAAAAAUUGGUUUCUUGUGUUAAUAUCAGAAGAACAGUUAUUAUAAAAAAGGAAUAAACGAAGAAGUUGAACGCUAUAAUUCAAAAAAUUAGGCAUGGCACACGCCACAUCGCAGGGACCGCAAUUGUUGCACGGCUUUAAGCGUUUAACACGCUUCGACAAAGGUCUUGGUGCACAACUGCCAGAUGCUUACAAAAAAUUCUGGCGCGAAUGGAAACUUACAACGCCUGCUGCCGUACACUAUGUGCCAAAGACUGAACCCUUUGAACAAGAUGAAGUGACUGGUGAAGUAAGACCUGUGCAAAAUAUACCCUUGCCAUUAAUCGACACACCGGAAUCACAUGAAGGCAUAUGGGGUGGAGAGGCUGUUAUUAAGGGAUUUCAGAAGCGUCAUCCACAAAAAAGGCGAGUACCACACUUUUGGGUACCGACACUGCGACGCUCUGUGGUGCACAGCCAGGUGUUAAACGCGUACAUUUCAAUGGUUGUGACCGAUCGUACCAUCGAUCAAAUUCAUGAUUGUCAUGGCUUUGAUCACUAUCUUCUAAAGAAUCUUGCUUGCGAUUUACGUUCUAAACUAGCGCUCAAACUAAAACGAAAAAUACUAAUGGAAUUGAAGGAUGGUUGUCCAAAUUUAUCUAACAACCCAUCAGAAAGAGAGCGAGUUCUUAAGGAAUACAAAUGUUAUUUAGAUUCGUAUACGCCAGAGGAAAUUGAAUGGUACGGACAUACUUACGAAGAGGCCAUACGUAAGUUGCAAGCACAAAUACGCGCCGAAAACCCCAUUGUUCCACAUAAAAUCGAAUUUCGUAUGAAAUUAGUAGAACAACUGAGAAAUGCCGGUAUUAGCGAAGCUAGUGGCAGUCACAUCAGUGAUAAGACAGCAAAAGGAAGCGACGACGCUGACAUCGAACGCCUAACAAAACUUGAAGCACCAUCAUCGUCUACAUCAAGCUGGUUGUCGAAAAUCAAUCCAUUUGGCAAAAAACAAGAAACUUAAAAGACCUAGUCUAUUUCUCUAAUUCAUUGUUUUGAAAAAAUUAAUGUUUAUCAAACACAUCGUUACUUUUUUAGAUUCAAUGUAUGUAUAUGGUAUAGAGGCUUUCAUCAAUAUUUCUCACCUAUGAGUAGUGUUUUACGAAAAUUGUACCGAAAGUAUGUAUGUCACUUGGAAACAUAUCGAAUAUGUGUUCCGAACACAUAUCAUACUUGCAGUACAAUUUUAGUAAAAUGUAAGUUUAUACUCAGCUAUGAAAGUGAAAUAAAACCAACUAUAUAUGCAACAAACACA